AUGAAAAGAGGGGCUCUGCUUUUGGCGGGAAGCGAAAGAGCGCGCGCAGUCGCCCCUUUAGCGCUGGCCAAGUCUCCCUUUGCAAACGAGGCCCCGCGAAAGGUCGCUCGAGGUGGCCUCCUGGCUUCUCCCAAAUGUUGCCUCCGAGGAGAGUGUCGGGUCUGAGCAUGCGCGGGAGCCAGGCGGGCACCAUCGGCCGCUUUCCAGUGUCUGCCGCUAAGCGCUGCUUUUUCUUUUUUUUUCACUCCAGCCUCGCUGGUGGCUUACGGGAGCGGCGGCGCAGCUUGCCGUGGGUUUCUCCGGGGCGUGGUCUCGGGCUUUGCCCCCUCCACCCAGCGACGCGAUCCACGAGCACCCAAGGGUGGGGGAAAGAGGGGGACGUGGAGAGGUGGGGAGGAGGGGGGAGCUCCCCAGCCGCAGCCCAGGAAGACCUUCGGGACCCAGGCUGCCCCAGCGACGAUGGGGCUGGAGAAAGAGAAAGCGGACACCAAGAUCUUCAUGGAUGAAUACGGCUUCAACCGAAGCAGCAGCCCCGCUCUGUCGGACGCGGAGAAGAGCCUGGAGAAAACCCCGGACAGGGACCCGCGCGGGAUUAACACGCAUCUGAAGGUGAGCGAGGCCGCCUGACUCGGGUUUGCUUUCCGCAUCCACACGUUACCGUGUCCCUCCUCCACCUGUUUCUGCCGCUGCUUUGCAUUGCAGCGAUCGGGGCUCCCUCCCUGGGCCAUGGACUGUUGAUUCCAUUUAAGGCGAUUUCAACCCAGCCAAAGAGUUACAAGUCACCGUAUUUUUUAUUUUCUCUUUCCGGAGGUUGGAGGGGUAGCAUGUCUUGUGGUGGUCCUACUACUACUACUACUACUAUUGUUAUUCGUUGGUACUUGUGCCGAUCGACUUAAAAUGGAUCGGAAUUGCAUUUCCACGUUCUCUGCGGUGCAUUAAAAAAAAAAACUAGAUCCAUUUCAGAACAUUUGAAUCGAAAGCGUGUGCCUGUUUGAUUCAGCAGGAUUCUUUCAGAACUGUAACAAAAGCAGCAGUUUAGCUUUGUGUUGGUUGCCCACUCGUCUCUCCCUCCCUUUGCAUAACUGUCCUUGUUGCGUUUCAAAACAGAGGCUUAUGUCGCUGCUUGCUUGUUGUGUCUCUCGUUCCAGCUGGGAUUUGCGGAUGUGAUUGCGGAGCCGGCGUCCACGCAUUCCUUCGACAAAGUCUGGAUCUGCAGCCACGCACUCUUCGAGCUCAGCAAAUACCUGAUCUAUAAAAUCCUGACGCUCUUCCUUGCGGUCCCCUUGGCCUUUGUGGCAGGGAUCCUCUUUGCUGUGCUCAGCUGUCUGCACAUCUGGUAAGAACCCAGCUUCUUCUGUCUGCUGACAUUUUUAACAUUAUCCCCUGUAUGCCAUAUAGAAAUAACACGAUGGACUUUGGGAAUUAUGAGGAACCAUCUUUCAUGCUUCUCCUAGGAGUCCUACCCCUCGCCACCUCUUCAGAUGGUAAUUUUAGGGCCACUAUUAAUUAUUUUAUGUUAGUUUUGGGUAGCAUUCUGACAGCUUCCGGAUCCAAUGGGAACUUACUUAAAUGUGUGCAAAAGAUUGCAUUUUUAAAGUCCUCCUUUCCUUUGCACCACAAUUGGAGUUGACCUUGCUCAGAAGUAAGACCAGGCCCAUCCAUUCCCAUUGUUUUAUUUCUGCACCUGACGGCAGAAAUAUGCAGACUUGACCCACUAAAAAGCAUUGCUUUUGAUGUGACAGCGGGUGACAUGUUCUAUCUUUGAUGGCCAUUCGCACAUACAGAUUGUUUCAGCUGCAGCCAUCAGGUGGUGAGCAGGCACAUGUGAGCCAGCCCUGUGUCCUUGCACAUAAUGGGAUGUCAAUGGAAUUCUGCAUCCUACCACACAUGCCUAAUCCUUGCAUCACAGUACCUCUCUUAAGAAGGUCACUGUUCUUCCCAUUUUACAGAUAGGCUUCUGAGGCAAAGAGAUAACUUGCCUGGAGCCGUCAGGUAAAGUUGAUUCUGACGCAGGCCCGACAGGUUGGGAUGCUACAGUGCUUCUUAUGCAUGUGAGCCCCAAUCCUGCAAAUAGAUGUGUAUAUGUGAGGCAGUAAUAUGCACAUUAAGAGCACCAGCCUCUCCAUUCUGGCUUGGAGUGGCUAGGAGCCUGCCCACCUCUCCCCACGCUUCCUGGGCUGCUCCUCCACUGCUCUGGGUGGCAGGCAGGGUGGAACGCUGAUACAUCUCCUUGCUGUGGGCACAAGGGAGCUUAGGUGUGUGUCUGUGCCAGUCUCACCAAUAACUGAAGUGCCAGAAAAAACCAGGAGGUGAAAAUAUGAACAGGCAUUAUGAGAGUUCCAGGACACAUUCCAGCCAGGCAAAAAUACUCAGUUCUGAGUGCCAUUUGAAGAGACCCAUGGCUGUGUCAGAUUCCUGCAUCUGAGGUUCCCCACCACCUCUGUCCUAGGUAUUUGUCAUUCCAGAUUUUUGAGCUGCUGUCUCAAGAUUCGUGCUGUGCUUCCCGUCUUGAUCCCAUGAGUCCAUUUUAGCUUGCAGCAUCCAUUGCAGGGUGAUACCUGAGCUGACUCAGCAUGUCUGGUACCUGCAAAAGCACCACAAUAGCUAAAGAAAACUGAGAGCAUCCUGUGUGUUUCUGGCUGAGCUGUGGCCUGUCCCAUGCUGACCUAGUUCCUUGCUUGAUUAUUUGCUCGUUGAAAUGUAUCGUUUCUUACUUUGAUUUGAUUUUAUGGACCUUGUGGACACAUUAAAUGGGAUUACCCUGAAUCAAAGUGCUCAGCCCAUUGAGCCCUCUGUUGUCUACUCUGGCUGGCAACCGCUGUCUAGGGUCUCAGGCAGCCCUCUAUCCCAUCAUGUUCCACCUGAUCCUUUCGCACUGCAAUGGGGAACCUGUGGCCCACUGGCAGCAUUUGCCAUAAUUUUGCACAGCUCAAAGAGAUGGGGUGGCACAGAGAUAGAUUGGGGGGUAGAGGGAAAAGAGGAAGAGAGAGGUAGACAAUGCUGCAAUGCUGCUGACUCCACCCACUUUUUGCUAUGACUCCACCCACCAUGAGUUGACUUUUCCCAUGGCUCAACAGCCCUUUGUAGGAAAGGAUUCCCCGGCCUGCUUUCACUGGAGAAGCUGGAAAUGAACAUUGGGGACUUUUGCAAGUAAUGUGUGUGCUCUACCACUGAAGUACAGCCCCCGCUCCACAUAAUUGGGACUGCAUUUUCUAGUUGUAACCCUCUUUGAAAUCGAUCACUGUUUUAUGUGUCUCCCCACACUGAGAAAGGAAUCAAGAGUGCGAUAUUACAACUGGGGAGAUUCAUAAAUUCAUACUGAUGCUCUUGUUCACAGUAAUCAACAUUUGACAGAAAGAAUUCAGAGGCAUGUAUCGUCUGUAUUUUGUAAGGGAGAGGCUUUGGGUCAGGGUUAACAACUAUCAGAAAUGAAAGCAUUGAGCAAAAUCGUAUGAAAGGGCAUCUGUUGCUUGUGCCAAGUAUUUGCUAAAUGAAAACCUAUACCCUUGAGAGAAACACCAUGCCAUUGCUGAUGCCCCAUCACUUUGGUGCUACCGAAGAGACAAUUGAAACAAAAUAUUUUAAAAGCGCAUAUUCGAAAUCUUAUUCAGUUUCAUUUCAAAAGGUCACAUCCCUCCCACCCAGCCAUAACUGUGUACCCAACUAUAUUGACUAUGUUGGAGAAGUUUGGUAAUCACUUUGGAUGAAUGUGUCAACACAACCUUGGUCAAAUGGCAGUGUUUAACCCAACUUGCAUGCUUGAAACUCCCCCUGCCCAUUUUAUUCUAACAACAACCCAGUGAGGUAGAUUAGGCUGAGAGGCAGUGACUGGCUCAAGGUCGCCCAGGGAACUUGGUGGCUGAGAAGAGGGGACUUGAAACCCUUGGCUUGUCCACACCAGAGUUUACUGUGUGAUUGCCGCUAUUCAUCUUCCCAUUUAAUUUGCAUCAUCCCCAUGACAUUACCCUCAAAACACCACCAAUGAUUACACUUCCCCCCUGUGAAUUUGGGUUUAACCAAUAGGGGGAUCAUCCAAUAAAUGGGAGGAAAUUGGGCUGAACUCAGGGUCACAGGCAGGCAAUUUGUUUCAGUGUUUUAGGGUGAGUGGCUUUCUGCUUCUCUUUUGAUCCCCCCAAACUGUGCAAGGGCUGACAUGUGGAUGAGAGGCUGCUUGCUCUUUCCACCAACCACUCCACGUUGGAUGAUGCUCUGAAGGAGGAGUACGGGCCAUACUUGUACUUCUCUGCAGAAUCAGGAGCCCUGAAGACACAAGGCUCAACCUUUGCCUAAUAUGUGGAGCUAGAGGUGUGUGUGGAUUGGUGCAGGGUGAGGCCAGGAGGCAAUUCCCACCCCCCACCCCUACAGAAGGCUAAUAUCGGCUGAGAGCAAUUUAUUAAAAAAUGUUUGCGUCAAUGUAGUGAUUAGUAAUAGGCCCAAAUUGCUUGCCAGGAUCAAAUUUGGCUUUUAUUACAAAGUACAAAAAUUAAACAAGCAUUAUUUCAUUUUAUUGUUAAACACCUUAAAAUACAUUGAAAAACCUUUCAGGUGGCUUGUGUAUGGAUCAAUCAUCCUGAUUUGAGAAUGGUGGCUAUUUACUGAUGUGCUGAUUUGCUUGAGGGGAGGUUACCCCACACUUUCCAGGGUGUGUUCCCAUCACUUUCCUUAUUGCAAAAAGUCUGAUCUUCUGGGGAAGCAGAUGUGUUGCACAAGGCCUGCCAAUCAACUAUCGUUGUGCAACCCAAAUUUGCUGGUAUGCGAUUGACUCCUGCUCCCAAAUAGCAACAGGCUUGAAGCGCCCUGGGAGAAUCCUUGCCUGGUGCCAAAAUGAGGUUGGUGCCAGCAAGGCCUCCCUAAGGAGGAAAUUCCACAGGUGGAGGGGCCACUACCGAGAAGGCUCUGUCUGUGGUUGCCACCAGAUGUGGGAACACUAGGACAAAAGCUUCUGAAGAUGACUUGGAUACACAGGCAAAUUGGAAUACAUUUGAUUGGGGUUCUUUGGUGCAUUUGAUAUACAAUUCAAACAUCUGAAAAGCUAAAAGAGAAAAGACUUAGAUCAAUUUAUUAUUUUUUUCAUAACAAUGUCACUUAAUGUCUUCCUGGUUUUCACCCUACAACGCCCCUGAAGAAUGUACUCUCAUUUCAGCUGUGCUUGUAAAAAAGAAAAAAAAAUCCUAAAGGUGGAGUCAGGUGGGUGGAAAUGUUGGGCCAUUGUUCUUUUUUCCUGUGGAAUCCCUUUGGUUUGGGAGCAUGUAAUUCUUGCUUGUUUUGAGGGCAGGGUAGUGAAUUCCUCUCGAACACUCCCAGUGCCCUUUGGGAAAGAGCCAAAGCAACUCCACUGUGGGGGAGAUUGCUAGAUACCCUGGGCUUGGCCAGUUCCACAAGAGGCAGUUAAUUCCAGCCACAAUAUUUUGUUUCUUCGGCCUGGAAAAGCGAGACCCUGUUAUUAACCUGCCUCAGAACGAUGUACGUUGGGAGGAACAACAUUCUCCUGUGUGGAGAAGCGUUUUGGAAACCCUCCUUUAGGAAGCAUUGCUGAAGUGCCAAGAGAGAGGAGUUGUUGCAGUGUUAGCAUGCCAAAAAUUUGCACAAGAGCUUGACCUCGCAUUCCUUCAGCACCCAGAACUUUCUGUGACUAGAGAAGCAGUUGAGUUGCAGACCCAUGUUGGAGGGCAGGAUGUUUUACCUCUCUGUGGUCUAAAUUUUGCACCUCUCCCCAUCCACAGACAAGCCUUGUUACAUUGGAAACAGAAUUACGGUUUUGUUUUGUUUUUGGGGAAGGAUACAAUAGCAUGCUUUAAAAAAAUAAUAAUUAAGUGCUACUGUUACUGUUUUAGCAUUCCUUGAACCUUUCCCCUCUGGCAGGUUUAGUUACAUUGGUGGCCAUAGUUACACUAUCUGUUAGGUAUGAAAGAACAAUCUGAAUCUGUGCCAGUACCAACCACCAGUUGAGUGAGCUGUUUGCAGGCUUGUUAAAAAGAAAGGUUGCCUCUCCACAUUCCUCUGUUGCUUUGAAUGGAUCUUUCUCCUUUCCUUUUGGCCGUAGACUUAAAUCAAGGAAGAAAUGUCAAGAAGCACAUUACAUGUCCUGCAUGAGUAUUUGCCUAUGUGUUGCCUAUGCGUUACUUCUGAGUAAACAACGGUAGCAAGCAACUGCAAAGCGGAAAUUUGUGGGCUAUGAAUAUAUUGUAGGCAUUUGUCUUUUUGUGGAUUUCUCUGUAAAUCCAGCUUUGUGUUGGGGUGCUAGAAUUCAGCCAUGCCCAGGAUUUCUCAAACCAUACCCUGAGCAAACGUGUUGGAUCAAUUUUGUGCAUAAUAACAAUAAUUCUUUUUAAAUUUUAUUUAACAAACCAUGAGAAUAGUAGAACUUAAUGGCUGGUGUUUCAGAAAGUGUCGUUCAUUUAAACUUUCUCUUUUCUCUUUUCUAGGAUUGUGGUUCCUUUCACAAAGUCCUGCCUUAUGGCUUUGCCCUCUGUGCAAGCUGUAUGGAAGAGUGUGACAGAUGUUUUCAUUGCACCGCUAUAUCACAGCGUAGGAAGGUGCUUUGCAUCAGUCGACAUACGCCUUGUCCAAGAGUGA